GACCAGUGCAGCUCUCCAGGCGAUGCCAGUGUAAAUGCCAGGGCAAUGUCCCGUCGCAAGCAGGGAAACCCUCAGCACUUGUCACAAAGAGAGAUUAUCACACCAGAAGCUGACCAUGUGGAACCGGCACUCGCCGACGAGGAUGAGAGCCUGGCAAUAGCAGAGCCGGGCGGCAUCAGCAUCGCCGCAGGCGGGACAGACCCCGACUUGUUAACCUGUGGACAGUGUCAGAUGAACUUCCCGCUGGGAGACAUCUUGGUUUUUAUAGAGCACAAGAGAAAACAGUGCAAUGGCACUGGUGGUGCCUGCUAUGAAAAGAGCAUGGAUAAGAGCAGCCCUCCCCCCUCCUCACGCGCCGAGCUCAGGAAAGUGUCAGAGCCAGUGGAAAUCGGGAUCCAAGUCACACCCGAUGAAGAAGACCGUCUUCUCACACCUACAAAAGGAAUUUGCCCCAAGCAGGAGAACAUUGCAGGGCCGUCCAGGCCUGCAAACCUGCCGGGGGCUCCCAUAGCUGCCUCCUCCCACCCUCACACAUCUGUGAUCACGUCACCUCUCCGCGCACUGGCCUCCCUCCCGCCCUGCCUUAGCCUGCCCUGCUGUGGUGCACGUGCAGUCUCAGUUGGCGGGACUCAGACUGAGAUUCAGACUGAGACGUCAGGCACAUUUGGAUGUCAUUGUCAGUUGUCAGGUAAAGAUGAGCCUUCAAGCUAUAUUUGCACAACAUGCAAGCAGCCUUUUAAUAGCGCUUGGUUCUUGCUUCAGCAUGCCCAGAACACACAUGGAUUCCGCAUCUACCUGGAAACAAGCCCUUCAAACAGUUCCCUUACUCCACGCAUCACCAUUCCUCCUCCUCUGGGACCAGAGACUGUUGCACAGUCCCCGCUGAUGAAUUUCCUUGGAGACAACAACCCUUUCAAUCUUUUGCGGAUGACAGGUCCCAUCUUGCGUGAACACCCUGGCUUUGGUGAGGGUCGGCUCCCAAACACACCUCCACUGUUCAGCCCACCGCCUCGUCAUCAUCUGGAUCCACAUCGCCUUAGUGCCGAAGAAAUGGGGUUAGUUGCCCAGCAUCCCAGUGCCUUUGACAGAGUUAUGCGUUUAAACCCCAUGGCAAUUGAAUCCCCAGCGAUGGAUUUCUCCAGAAGGCUUCGAGAGCUGGCAGGAAACAGUUCCACCCCUCCGCCAGUCUCGCCCAGUCGCACCAACCCUAUGCAUCGCCUGUUGAAUCCUUUCCAGCCAAGUCCUAAAUCACCUUUUUUGAGCACCCCACCACUGCCCCCCAUGCCUCCCAGCAGCACUACACCUCCCCAGCCUCAGGCCAAGAGCAAGUCCUGUGAAUUUUGUGGGAAAACAUUCAAGUUCCAGAGUAACCUUAUCGUGCACCGGCGCAGUCACACAGGAGAAAAGCCCUACAAGUGUCAGCUCUGUGACCAUGCUUGCUCCCAGGCUAGCAAGCUAAAACGCCACAUGAAAACACAUAUGCAUAAAGCUGGCUCCAUGACAGGCAGGUCAGAUGAUGGGCUGUCCACCACUAGUUCCCCUGAGCCAGGCACAAGUGAGCUCACUGGAGAGGGACUGAAAGCCAGUGAGGCAGAUUUCAGGAAUGAGAGCGAUCCUUCCCUGGGCCAUGACAAUGAGGAAGAGGAAGAGGAGGAGGAGGAGGAAGAGGAGCUUGAGAAUGAGAGCCGUCCAGAGUCAAGCUUCAGUAUGGACUCAGAGCUGAGUCGUAACCGAGAAAAUGGCUCCAAGUCACUGCCAGACGAGAAAUCCCUCGUCCUGGGAAAAGUCAUCGAGAAUGUAAGUCUGGGUGCCAUCCAGCAAUAUAAUGACAUGCUAGCUGAAAAACAGAAGAGGAGUAGCUUCAUGAAAAGGUCUUCCGACCAGCGAGACUUGUGUCCUCGAGACCUCUGUCAGAGAGAUCCAGGUGAUGAAGACUCUGUGGUAGGAGAGCUGGACCGCACUGAGGAAGGGACAGUGAAUGGAAGAAACUUUGGCCCAGGUGAACCAUUCCCAAACUUGUUCCCCCGCAAGCCAACACCUAUCACAAGCCCCAGUUUAAACAAUUCCUCUAAAAGAAUAAAGGUAGAGAAAGAUUUGGACUUGCCACCAGCAACGAUAAUACCUUCUGAAAAUGUUUACUCCCAGUGGCUGGUAGGGUACGCAGCAUCGCGGCACUUCAUGAAGGAUCCGUUCCUCGGAUUCACAGACUCCCGACAAUCUCCCUUUGCAACUUCUUCCGAGCACUCCUCGGAGAACGGGAGCCUGCGUUUCUCCACCCCGCCGGGAGACAUGCUGGACGGGGGGCUCUCAGGGCGCAGUGGCACGGCGAGCGGAGGCAGCACCCCCCACAUCAGCGGUCCCGGUCCCGGGCGACCCAGUUCGAAGGAAGGGCGCAGGAGCGAUACAUGUGAGUACUGUGGCAAGGUCUUUAAGAACUGCAGCAAUUUGACGGUGCACCGUCGGAGCCACACUGGAGAGCGGCCUUACAAAUGCGAGCUCUGCAACUAUGCAUGUGCCCAGAGCAGUAAGCUGACGCGCCAUAUGAAAACACAUGGCCAGAUAGGGAAGGAGGUCUACCGCUGCGACAUUUGCCAGAUGCCCUUCAGUGUUUACAGCACCCUGGAGAAACACAUGAAAAAGUGGCAUGGAGAACAUUUGCUGACAAAUGACGUCAAAAUUGAGCAGGCAGAAAGAAGCUAA